AACGGUAUACCAAAGACAUGGCAAUAGGUACAUACUCGGUACAUGCUGAGACGCCGGCGCCGGCGCUGACACCCACGAUCAAGAUAUGCCGCGCUCACGGCUCACUCGUUCUCCUUCUCCGAUGUCCAAAUGAUCGCUGUUCUCCUAGCGAGUAGAAAGGGGUAGCCCUGGAAAGCAGGACGCCCUCAACGAGGCCAUCAGCACCAAAAGACUUUGCGGUUCAACAUAUGGCCGUCGACAUUGUCCCUGCUUGGAAAUUGCGCGGCAUUCGGCCAGAGGGGGGGUUGAAGAAUUGUGGGAGGAGCAGCUCUUCGUCACCUGAUAUAUCACCUUAUGGACAAACAAACGGCUUCGAAGAGGCGGCAUGCGCGAGGACCACAGUCCUCCUAUAUUGGAUUCUGUUGCGCGAAUGGAGAUCUCAAGCGAGGUUGGGGACCGACGGCCCCUUUGAAAGGAGGCCCGCACAACUGCAACAGGAAAAUGUGAAGUCCUCGAUUUUUCACGCCAUACCAGAUUCCUUCUACGAAUACGUGUAAACCCCAUCCUGCGCUCUCCCCCUGGCUUGAGCAUCGUCCAAAGAUCUACCGAGAAGAGAGGGAGCAUCGACGAGAAGCACAAGAUGCGAGUGUCUAGGCACACUCCUCAUGUGGUCCUGCAUGACAAAAGCCCCUAGGGAGGGGGAGGGGCCCCAAAUGAUGGAAGCGUUGAAUCUUUCAGAAAGCCAUGGGCGGCGACUGGCCUGUCAGCGACCGCAAGAGACACACAGACACACCAUGGGUUUUGUUUUUUUGUGAUAUGUUCGUCACUUCGGUUCCUCGAGGCGAG